GGUGUCUACCCAGUGUUAGUACAGGAGGAAUUUAGGGACCGGGAAACCUGUGGUGUAUGGUAGUGAGGGUCACACUGGAUAAACACCCUUAUUGCGUGUGUUCGGGCCGAGGCUCCAACUACCUUGUUCUGAGGCCAUUUGAGAGUUAAUGGGCAUUUUCUCUAGUAAAAUACCCAUAGCUCGGGAAUACAAAAUUAUAAUUAUCGAAAUGACUGGUGUAGAUACUUGUGAAAUACUGUAUAAUUUGUUCUUGUGGGAAACGAUAGCUUUUUAUUAUAGGGUUAGAUAGUUUGGUGGCGCCUCACAGGACCUUUGUGGAGGAGCGACACUUAAAACUGGAAAGAAAAAUCGUCAUCAACCUUGAACUAAUUCCCGGGCAUUAUGAUGGCUGAACCAAUCACACAGCAGCAGUUCAAGAUGAAGAGUAAGGUCAUCAACAUUGACCCUGAUGAAGAGAACAUAUCUCAGGAGGAUGUUGCGGCUGUGAAUAUGUCAGAAGAAGCCAAUAGGCAAGUAAAGGAAAAGUACCGAGAUCUCAUUCAGACAUUUCAGGAGCAAACAGAGGGAGCAGGAAGUGAUGGACUUGAUAUUUCUUGUCUUAGCCUCAUGGUACUUAAGGCAGAUGAAGCUUUCACAGGAGUGAAACGACCCAGAGAAGCAGCAAUGGAUGCUCAGCUUUUGAAGACCUGUGGCACAUUAGCCAAGAUAAAUAUAGAGUCCUGUCAGAUGAACUUAACUGUCUUCAGGCCAGCGGAGUUUGCUCAGAAAUUGAUUCAGUUUAUGACACCAGGUGAUGAAGCAGACAAUCCUGAUGUCUUCGGUAAGCAGCUGGAUUGGCAAAGAUUUGGUAAAGCUGUAUCUGGACUAUAUAAAAGAGUUGUAGGCGUGGAGCCCUUGUAUGGAGCAAUUGAAUGGCAUCGACCUAAAGCAGCACCAAGAGUUAGAAAACGAGAAAGAGAUGAAGAAAGUGCUCCAACAACAAGACCAACGGCGGUGUUGAGUGGAGCAACUGGAGAGGAAAAGCAAACGGAAGAAGUAACAAGGAUAAUGAGGAUACUCAAAGCACGAUACAAAGAGAAUGGGAAUCAUCCUGUUUGUUUUUUCUCAUUUAUUGUAAAUCCAGAGAGUUUCUCAUUAACAACAGAAAAUUUAUUUCAUACAAGUUUUCUGUUACGAGAACAAUAUGCUGAAAUAUCAGAAGAUGACAACGGCUUCCCAGUUAUCACCCCAAGAAGUCUAACUGCAGGGUGCCGUGCUGGAGGUGUCUCUCACCAGGGUAUAAUCAGUUUCACAAUAAGUGACUGGAAAAAUAUAAUUGAAACUUUUGAAAUUAAAACUUGGAUGAUACCCCCUCCUGCAAAGAGAGUAUUUAAACGAAAGACUUAGUGAAGAUGUAUUAUUGAUUGAAGUCAAUAUACAGUAUAUACCUCUGUGUUAGUUUAAUUUUGAACUGAAAUGUUGUACAAAUGUUUUAUAUAAAAGGAAUAUAAUUCACAUUCAUCGGUAGGAUAUUCAGUGUUAUGCCUUUUUAUAGAUUUGGUUAGUGUCAUACAUGCACCCUUCAUUUAUUAAUAACUUUUUGGUUUGAUAGAAGCUUCUCUGAUACACCAGGAAACUGUGUACAGAAGAAUUCACUCUGAAGCUAUUUUCCUUAUCAUAUACUCUUGAAUGGGUUUAGCAGUUGAACAUUUUUAACAUAUUUACUUCACGGCACAUACUUCUCAUACUUUGAAAUAUACUUCCUAUUAGAGUAAUGUCUUUUCCAAGAAAUUAUGUUCUCAUAGGAUGCUUUACAACAACAGGGGGUGGAUGGUGUUAAGAUGUCUUAUUUGUUGAAGACAAGCAAAAAAUACUCUAAAACAUCCUUGUUUAACAUAUAUGUAUGAAAUAUUACAUUUCUUUUUUACCAUUCCAUACUAGUGUGGGAAACAUUGUGAUGAUAAAGCAGUCCCUUUUGAAAUUGAUCAAUUCUGUUAUUCUCAUGUAUUCUUAUUAAUUUUAGUCUGCAUCAUUUCGUCUAAUUUUAAUUUUACUGUUGCAAGUUAAACACACGUGUGUGUAAAGGAUUUUAUCCCCUGCCAGACAUAUCUUCACAACCAAUGUGGUACAAAGGGUUAAACCAUACCAGGAGAGUUUUAAUGGUCUUUCAUUUGGAAAAGGCAUUUAAGAAUAGUGGAAAUGUCAUACAUUAGUCAUUAAAUUUUUUUUUUGUUUUUUUUUUUCAUUUGGUAAUUUUUUGGUGCAUGGUUUGGAGUCUCCACCAAAGUUAUUAUCCUCCUGGCUCUUGUUCUAGGAGGAGAGUCUCUGAGCCACAUAAACUGAAGAGGGGUGAUUGUUUUGGUUCAUCUCCUUCAUGGGCCAGUCUCCAACUAAGUUUGAAAUUGUUAUUGAAGAAUCAGACUCCAAUUUUUGGCUUAGAACUUCAUUUUAAAGGGCAUUCUUUACUGUUACACCUGAACAGUAAGAUGGGAGAAAACAAUCUUAUACAGUAUUUCUAAUACUUUGAAGAAAGCUGCUAAAAUUCCUCAAAUUGGUGGUAUAUGUACUGUAUCAUCUCUGGCCUUCAUGUACAGUUUCUAUCAAGUCUUCUCAGAGCAUAGGAGGAGUAUUAGCCACACUACUGAUACUGGUUGUGUGGCUUUUCAGAGUCAGGAUAGUGCUUAGUCUAUUGUCUGUUUUCAUGUAGAUGUGCUCCCAAAUUGGAUAUACUAAAUAACCCUAAACUGGCACUGAUGCUAGACCAUCUCUCUUGGUUUUAUAACUGAGCCAAACAAUAGAAAAAUGAGUGUGAUAUGUUUACAUGAUGGUGAGGUUAUCAAUCCUUAUACUGUACAUUUCUUUUUAGUAUAUCCUUACCCUUCACUAUGGGAGGCCACUUUUGAUAUUUGGCUAACACCAGAAGAUUUUAUUCAGUGUGAAGGCAAAGUAUGUUCUAAUUUUAAAAUUAUCUUAAUUUUAGAAGAUAAAGUACAUGUAACAUGUUUAAGACCCUGAGACUGUGGUUUUCAGUUAAUAGAAUUGCUGGUCAUACAGAUUUAUUCCAUCCAGCCUGAGUGAGACAACAGUAUUUCAUGAUUAAUCCUUCAUUUUUCAACCAUCAUUAUCCAGCAAAACUAUUAUGUUUUGGUUCCAUUAAACCUUCACCUUUAUUUAAACUUGUAUAUAUUGUCAAUGCUAUUUGUUUAUCAUUGUAGAAACUUGUACAUACUAUCACUGCUUUUUGUAUACAAUACUUAUAUUUCUGAAUAAACUUUAA